AUGGAUGUCUCAUCGGAGAGUACUUCCAACGAUAUUGAAAAAGAAACAAUCGGCCGUCGCAGUAUGUACGCCCAAGAAUGGCAAUACGAAGGUCUACCUAUAGAGUUCCCCAGCCGGCGAUCAGCUGUCAGCGAGGUACUAGCUAAAGGGGAUCAUAGAAUUACAACCAGUAAGUAUACUACAACGACCAUCGCGUCACCGCCUCUCGACCGCCGUUACCGUCGUAUUUACAAUCCAGAUGAAGUGGCAACCAUUGAGGAGUUCCCGUUCAUGGCUGCUUUACUGGUGAACAGGAAACUAUGGUGCGGAGCAGUGGUGAUAAGCAGCGACAAGGUGUUGACUGCAGCUCAUUGUUUGCAAUUACAAUACAACAAUAGAUUCUUUCGGGAAUACGUCAAAAUGCUGAGCGUUAGAGUUGGUUCUGACAACGCGACCGCCGGCGGGGAGUUGCUGCGUGUUACAGAGAUCUUCUUCCAUCCCAACUACAAGCCACAAACGUUGGAGUUUAACGUCGCCGUCCUGAAGUUACAUAAGAACUUGACCUUCGGAAGAGAUGAGCCUAAAGUGGAAAUGAUAGAGUUUUCCAGAGACAAAGUCGUGCCUAUUGAUAGAAAGAUUAUGUUUUUAGGAUGGGGAUCAGUGUUGGGUGUAUCUGGUAGCGGUGGAGCUGUUCUGCUGCAGAAGGUAGAACUACCAGUCUAUGAUCUGGCCGACUGCCAAGAAGUCUACGGAAGAAAUUUAGUAUCAAGAAAUAAUUUUUGCGCUGGUUAUAUAACAAUACCGAAAAAUGUCUGUAAUCACGAUGCAGGCGGGCCAGCGAUUAUGGAGGGUCGUUUGAUAGGUAUACUGUCGUUUUCGUCGAACCGAUGCGAUGAGCCUGACCGUCCGGCCGUGUUCACUACUGUCGGUACUGUGGUGCCAUGGAUAGAGGGGCUUGGUGAAAAAUUGGUGCAGUUAAAGAAUACAGCAAUCAAAUCACCCGAAUCAUUGAAAAUCCCGUAAUGAAACAAUAAUUUAAUAGAUCAAUAAUAUAUUUCCUCUAAUACUGUACAGACCAGCUUUCCAUUUGAUUAAAACGUAAUAAGAAAUAAAUUAAAAACAUUAAAAACUCGCAUGUUAUUUUUGUUUAAACUUUAAUUUCUAUUCAACAUACAACAUAGAAUAAACAUACAAUAUAUAUUAGGAAUUACACCUAUAUGAAUUUAUAUGUUGUCUGCCUUCGAAUCAAUUUCAAAUGGAAUGAUGCCAAGCUGAUUUCUCCAUUACACGCUUAUAUUAAUUCAUCAAUGUUUAAUUAAAUACAGAAA